GCUCAUAGAUUGUUCCGUCGAACGUAAAGUACGUCUUGAGACAGAACUUCAUCCAGCUCCUGACGUUCUGUCUCAAAACGUACUUGGAUUCUGGCAAGCAUUAUCGAGGAUGCACACCCACAAUAAAUGCCAACAUUCGGGGUACGGUGACAGGCCCGGCCGCCGGCACGUGCCGCUCCAAUUGAGAUUCCUGCCUCCUGUUUUUGGUCAAGAUCCUGAUCAAGUGUCUGUUGUGGAUCGGGGGGUGUGUUGUUAUGCUCAGGUGCUGGUUUACGCCCUGUAAGUCACCUGCGCCCUCUUCCUCCCCCCGUCUCAUUGACUUUGUCUUGACGCCGGACCCAAGUUGGGGGAGAAGGAGGGAGCGCGAUAGAUACUGCGCAAGUCUACUUUCGCAGAUCUAAUCCAGGCGCAAGUCACCGUUCCUACUCUCGUCUUGUGUGAAGCAUACGGUUGACAUCGUCGAUCACGACGGUUGAGCUGUCGUAUUAUAAUGAUAGCAGACUUGCGCAGCAUCUGCCGCACUACUGCCAAGGCCGGAUCAGGACAAUGAGAGGCGGGAUUGGACGUAAUGGCUGACAAGGCCCGUUUAUACGUACCACAGGUCUCGACCGCGUGAGAUUGGUCGGGUCUUCACAGAAACAUGUGAUGAUCGGCUCGGAUCCCAUCUGAGUAGAACUGCCAUGGAGGCCACACCGAGAAGGCCCCAUUGCAAUCUGAUUCUCUUCCGGAGAGGACCGAGUUAUCCCGCCAGUUGACAGUCUUCCAAGCCCUGCUUUUUAGCCCUUCGCGAUAAUUUAAAAGCGUGUCAGGUUGUUUAUGCUGAGAAAAUGCGCGGAAGUGCUGCGGUAACAGGGUCUCCAGAGUCGACUUCAUACACACUCUCUUUCCUUCUAAGCACCAGUCCACUGUCCGACCUGGUCAGCCAGCUGAUGCUGGGAUUAGGCGCAUGCGACCGGCGCGUCUUGAGCUUGCGCCCAUGAGCGUCCGUUGAUAUGCGAUGUACACACUUCGUGCAGCCCGAUGAAUGCGUGCUGUGUCCUUAUCUCCCGUGUGGUAAGAACCCUACAAUAGGCAGCAUCUACCGCAUUCUCCUCCCCUACCUGGCCCCGGCGUCAUGACAGAGUCAAGAAGACCGGAGGCGAGGGAAAGCGCAGGUGUCUGGCAGUCGAACUGAUGGCUUUCCUCAAGAGUGUGAGUAACAACUUGAGCCCGUGGGUCACCUCUCCGAAUGGUUCUUUUGUGCUCGAGGGUUCGCGGUUCGAUUCCUUGCCCUGUUUGGCCUGCAUAAUGGCAGGAGCAGUCAUGACAUGAAAUCUGAUGAACUACUCCCGACUGGUCACCUUACGCCCCACCCAAUCCUUCAUCUGCCUGGGCAUGGAAGCUGCCGGAAGAUGGCCGAAACCCACGUCCAACUCUGCAGUAAUGCACUUUGUUGCCUCCAACACAUUCUUUCCACGCGACAGAGAACACCAGAGUGCUGAUUCUCCUAUCCAUCGACUACACCAAAAAUGCGGUACUGCCUGACCCGACUGCCUCCGUUGCUCCAGUCCGUGGGUCGCGGCUUCCGCUCCGCAUGACCGCGGCCGACCGAUUAGCGUGAUCUGGAGACGCGUGUGACCUCUGCCAGACCCCAGGAUUAAACUUGUGGCCAUCUGGCCGACCGUUUGGAAUGUCAAAUUCAUCUUCACAGCCUUGGUCAAGUUAAGCAAAAUGUUAUGUCACAGCUGGCUCCACACCUCCUGGGCCACAACGGACACUUGACCAGGAUUUCAACCGCAGCAAUGGAGGGAGGUAGGGAUCUCAAUGGGAGCGGCGUGAACCGGCGACUGGGCCUGCUACCGCACCCCGAGUGUUGGCAUUUGUCAUGGGUGUUCAUUCCCAAUAAUACCUGCGGGAACCCAAUCUAGUUCCUGUGUCGGCCCAUCGGAUCUACCGCGUGAUCCGUUUGAGAGACGAAAAUACGCACGAGUUUCUUUCCGGCCGGGUGCGAGAACUACACUACAAUGACUACUUAAAUAGUACGAAUUCUUCUCGAUUUUCGGCGUCUCCAUAAAUUCGGGUAUAUUUUACAGAAGACUUGCACAAAAGUAUCACGUCUUAUCCUCAUUUGGUAGAAAAUCUCGCCUCCUAAUGCCAUACUCGAGGAAAGGGUAUUUUUUGGUCUUUAGAAGAUAAUUUAUUAUGACACUUUUUAAGGCCGUGGACUGUCCAUGUAUAAUGCAUCUGCCAGCUUGUUGAUGCUACUUUUAAAAUAUACAACUUAGUCCACAUCAGCCCUAUGUAAUAUAUCCUUAAUGGCAUACAAAAUUAUGUGAUUUUCCUUAGACGGAAAAUAUACAGUCUGUAGUUUGGAAACACUGGAUGCAAGUGUAAGGGGCGGGGGUCGAGUUCAAAAUUUUUUAGAACAGGCAAAGUUUUUUAAAACCGAAACAUAUCCUUUUGUUAAGUAUAAAAUUUGAAGGAGACGUAAGUCGCCACCAAAGGAGUACAAGAAAGGAUAUUUUUCUAUGUGUUUUCUUUAAGACAUAUCGGAAGUCACAAAGGCAUCGAUAGCCAAUGUAAGAAAUUCAUACUAUUUAAGUAGUCUUUUUUGCGGAAUGUGGUUUUCACAGGCAACCGAAAAGAAGCUCGCCUGAAAUCCGGCACACGGGCGCGACCGAAACAUCUUUAGAUGGUGCUGCACGAUAAUCGUUAAUCCAACCUUACUUAUGCAGUCUUUUCGAAUCGACAACAUAUCUCAGAAUUUCGGUAAAUGUUUCAUGAAAAAGCACAUAUGCCCUACCAGUGUAUAUAUAAAUAUAUGUAAUCGUAAGGAAAACUUUUAGGAGAACCGGUUGCAUCGCAGGUACAGAAUGACUGCCCAAAAACCCUGCGUACAACGCAUUACCCAUUCUCAGCAUUCCUUCGCUAUAUAUUGAUAGUCCUACACAGACAGUGGCGUGGACUUAUUAACCGUAACUUAUUCAACACGUCCUCGUUUUCACUGCUUUCGUAUUGAUCUUUUAGGUUCUCUCUCUGGCACCGGGUUUGCCGGGUCUAGAAAUAAUUCCCUUCACUGUGGCGGCUUACAACAAACGAACAGGACGUAUGGAAAUUUACGACUCUAGCCGAGCGGAUGACUUCCUCUUCAUCUCAGGCACUAAAAUGCGCACGUUGGCACGAGAGGGCCAUACUCCACCGGAUGGUUUCAUGUCUCCCACCGCCUGGGCUGUCCUGGCCAAUUACUACCAGUCCCAGGCUCGGGCCACGAAUCUUUGA